CCCUUCUCCCUUCCUUUGCAGGUGGCCCCGUCGCCGAUGGGAGUGCGCCGGCGUGUCCGAGUCAGAUGAGGUCCGCGCACGCACCAUGUCAUCAUGUGUCUCUAGUCAGCCCAGCAGUGACCGGGCCGCCCCCCAGGAUGAGCUGGGGGGCGGGGGCAGCAGCAGCAGCGAAGGCCAGAAGCCUUGCGAGGCCCUGCGGGGCCUCUCGUCCCUGAGCAUCCGGCUGGGCAUGGAGUCCUUCAUCGUGGUCACCGAGUGUGAGCCGAGCUGCGCUGUGGACCGCGGCCUGGCCCGGGACCGGCUCCUGGGGGCUGAUGGCCCAGGAGUCCCCGACGCUGGGCCCCAGGCCCGGCCCCACCUCUCCAGUCGCAAGCUGUCCCUGCAGGAGCGGUCCCAGUUGGACGUGAAUGGCCGCUUCGUCCACCCAGCUUCCUCCUCGCCUGCGGGCUCCCCGCAGUCCUCGCCGAGGCUGCCCCGGCGGCCCACGGUGGAGUCCCACCACGUCUCUAUCACCGGUUUGCAGGAUUGUGUUCAGCUGAACCAGUAUACACUGAAGGAUGAAAUUGGAAAGGGCUCCUAUGGUGUGGUCAAGUUGGCCUACAAUGAAAAUGACAAUACCUACUAUGCGAUGAAGGUGCUGUCCAAAAAGAAGCUGAUCCGACAGGCGGGCUUUCCACGUCGCCCCCCGCCGCGAGGCACCCGGCCGGCCCUGGGGGGCUGCAUCCCGCCCAGGGGCCCCAUCGAGCAGGUGUACCAGGAAAUUGCCAUCCUCAAGAAGCUGGACCACCCCAACGUGGUGAAGCUGGUGGAGGUCCUGGAUGACCCCAAUGAGGACCAUCUGUACAUGGUGUUCGAACUGGUCAAACAAGGGCCUGUGAUGGAAGUGCCCACCCUCAAACCGCUGUCCGAAGACCAGGCCCGCUUCUACUUCCAGGAUCUGAUCAAAGGCAUCGAGUACCUACACUACCAGAAGAUCAUCCACCGGGACAUCAAACCUUCCAACCUCUUGGUCGGAGAAGAUGGGCACAUCAAGAUUGCGGACUUCGGCGUGAGCAACGAGUUCAAGGGCAGCGACGCGCUCCUCUCUAACACCGUGGGCACGCCUGCCUUCAUGGCGCCCGAGUCACUCUCUGAGACCCGGAAAAUCUUCUCUGGGAAGGCCUUGGACGUUUGGGCCAUGGGUGUGACACUGUACUGCUUUGUGUUUGGCCAGUGCCCGUUCAUGGACGAACGGAUCAUGUGUUUACACAGUAAGAUCAAGAGUCAGGCCCUGGAAUUCCCAGACCAGCCCGACAUAGCUGAGGACUUGAAGGACCUGAUCACCCGCAUGUUGGACAAGAACCCCGAGUCGAGGAUCAUGGUGCCAGAGAUCAAGCUGCACCCCUGGGUCACGAGGCACGGGGCGGAGCCGUUGCCCUCCGAGGACGAGAACUGCACGCUGGUCGAGGUGACCGAAGAGGAGGUCGAGAAUUCGGUCAAACACAUUCCCAGCCUGGCGACCGUGAUCCUGGUGAAGACCAUGAUCCGAAAACGCUCCUUCGGGAACCCGUUCGAGGGCAGCCGGCGGGAGGAGCGCGCGCUGUCGGUGCCCGGAAACCUCACCAAAAAACCAGCCAGGGAGUGGGAGGCCCUGUCUGAGCCCAAGGAAGCACGGCAGCGAAGACAGCCUGCAAGGCCCCGAGCCGCCCCUCGGGGGGGAGGAGGAAGUGCUCUUGUGAAAGGCGGUCCAGGAGUGCAGAGUUGGGGGGCCCUGGGCCCCGGCCACUGAGCACGCAUGCAUCCUCUGCGGCCAGACGACGCGAUGGAGGAGCUGCUGGACCUGUGACCUCGCAUGCCGGCGUCUCGCCUCCAGGGCUGCCCGCGCCCCUGCGUUUCCAUAGCAGCAUGUCCUACGGAAACGAGCACGUGUGUAGAGCCUGUCAUCUCUGGUUUUGUUUAUUUUUCCUUUGUUGUUCGAAAGGGGACAAAACAAGACAAAAAGGACUCCGUGGCAUCGACCUUGGCCGCUGGCUGGCUGAACAGGCGGGUGUGAGGAGUUGCAGACCCAGAGCCACGUGCAUUUUGGGACAUUCGCUUUUUAAAACGUUUUUAUGCCAAAAACCCUUCGUUGUAAACUUGGAACCAUGUCAGAGAUACCAAGUGAAUGUGUGUGGGGUUUGAAAAUCGAGAAGAACUGGCAGAAAACUGGCAGCGUGGCCUGAGACCACAGCUGUAUUUGAAGGGAGGAGAGUGGGUGUGGCUUCUCCUGCAAACCCCAAACCUAAAGCCACACCCCUUCCAGGACCGUGGACUCAAGGUGUCCAGGCAGGGCCAGCCCUCGGCGCUGCAGGGAGCUUCGUGCAACUUGUUUGUGAGAAGGACUUGAACAUCUUUUUAUGGCUGGAGUUGUAGUCAGAAAAACAGAAAGGGCUUGUCACUUAAUUGCUUCACAAAGGGGAUUUUCAGCCUUAGAAGGGCAUUUGUGAUUGUAGUAGGAAACAUUCUGCCUGAAGGACUUGAAUGCAUUUCUUCAUGACAGCCACUUAAAGUGGAUUUCUGAAAGAGUAGACUGAGCUUGCAGUAAAUCUCCUGUUCAAUUACAAAAACAUCAGGGUGAAAUCCUAUACUUCCAUGUAUAUUACAUGGCUUAAGAGUGAACAAACAAGCAAAAAUGUUCAAUUCUCCAACUAGACUGAACUCCAGGGCAGUUCAGAAAUCAUUUCGAGCUUCCAGGAUCUAGUCCAGGGCCUCCAGCACGUGAUCGGGGUUACAGCCAGUGAAACCUGUCCUUGUAUAUUAGCAACUUAGCCUGUUUGUAACCUGUGUGUUCUAGAGACUGCGAACGUUUGGUUCUCUCCUCAAAUACUAGCUGAGUGUUGUAGUUAGUGAAACAGUUUAUCCAGAGGGCCAGUUAGGAAAUACGUUCAUUCCACCAGGAUAAAAGUGAUUAAAAGUGAGUAUCUGGACCAGCUCUGUUAGGAUGACUCGGGAACUUCGGGUCACCCUUUUAGAGAAGACUGUCGAAACCCAGAGCACUCCUCAGGGUGCAAGGAAAUCGGGGCGUGGCACAGGAUGUUCCCUCCCGCCGCCAAAAGACCAGAAAGAAAAGGGUUAUCUUUCUGACUUCCAUCGGACAUUGGGAAGUUCGGUUGCAGUUCAAGUGCGACUUCUUCCCUAGUCGCACGUGGGUGGGUCUGAAGUUCAAGGGGCAGGAAAGCUGGAAGGACUUUGUCCGGGGAGAUUGCCCGUGCUUUGUGGAACCCGGCUUGGGGAAAUGGCAGGGCUCAGAAGGACGUAGUUUCUGUGUGAUCAGCUUUGGUACGAGGACUGUGCGCAGAGAGAGAGAAACAGACUUGGGCCCUGCUCAGUGCAUUCCCAGCGCCUAGACACUCCAGGCAUCCACAGCUCUGGAAUCUAAGCCCUGGACUGUCACUGAGCCAGACAUUUCUUGCUGCCCUGUGAGAGUACAGAAUUGGGGACUGCUGGUUACCGAGGGCAAAGGAUAUCCGUCUGAUGGAGGGUCCCCUCUCCUGCUUUCUUUUUGUAACCCAGCACUUCCUCUCGCCCUCCUAUGCUUGUUUAAAUGUAUGGGCCCCACCCCUUCCGGGAGCAGAUGGGGCCUGGUUCGUUUGCAGUAAGCACCUUGCAGUGGGUUCAAGUCAGCAGCCGGUCCUUAGUCUCGUCCCAGCUGUUUGUGGACUCCGGCCUGGCAGGCGGCUGCCCGGGGAGGGCGGGCAGCAUGCAGAGCUUCUGCAGAAGUCCUGUGUUUACACAGCGCGUCGGGCUGGGCCACUUCUCCCCCGCAGACCCUCAUGGAAGGGUUCACGGGUGGAUUGCCAGUCGUCAGACA